AUGCUCCAGCACCAGCAGCAGCAGCAACAACCCCAGCAGCCGCAGCCGCAGCAGCAGCAGCAGCAGCAGCAGCAGCAGAUGAGACAGCAGCAGCUGCUGGAGAGAGCAGCAGCAGCAGCAGCAGCAGCAGCAGCAGCAGCAGCAACGGAGACAAAGCCUGCUGCUGCAGAGGAGCGGCAGCUGCUGCUCACCGAUCUGCUGCCGCUGCUGCAGCGCCUGUUGCUGCUGCUUAUUUCAAAGGGGCGCAGCUCAACAGCAGCAGCAGCAGCAACACCACCAACAGCAGCAGCAGCAGCAACAGCAGCAACAGCAGCAGCAGCAGCAGCAGCAGCAGAAGAGAAAACAUCCUCUGGGGAUAUCUUCAGCUCCCUAGGCAACGCGCUGGUGCUGCUGACGAGCGUUCUCCGCGCGUCCCCCAAGCAGCAGCAGCAGCAGCAGCAGCAGCAGCAGGAGCAGCAGCAGCAGCAGCUGGUGCCUUUGCUGCAGGCAGCAGCAGAAGCUCUAGACUUCGAGCAGCAGCAGCAGGUGCAGCGCAACGCAGCAAUUUGCAUCGCCACAGCAGUGCAGCAUUCUGAGGUGUAUAGGCACCUCCUAUGGAGACAGCCCCUCAUCACCAAAGUCAUCGCUUCGGCUAGGCACGGGAUACAGGCCAGAACCAGCUAG